AUGACACCAACUGGGAUGACAUUUUCAACCGUCGACAAAAGGGCCCAAUCCAGCCCCCGAUACGAUAUCCCGGCGAUGCACAAUGCUUCGACAUCUACCCCGAGGAUGACGGAUCUCGCGAGCCUUAUGGCCGCGAGAUGGCGGAGAAAUAUGACCCAUACUUUGCUGACUUCUAAUCACGAACCACCCACCCACCUGGAUCGGAAGAUGGGGGUGCCGACGUGUCUGGUCAUGCCAAACAUCCACUCAAUACAUGAUAAUUACUCGGCAGCCAGACUCUACGCGCACGCAUACAUGGUGCCCAUACGACCCUUCAGAAUGAACAUGAACACAAUGAUGAAUUACGAUUCAGCGCCAGGAAUAUCGGUUCUUAAAUCAGCAUUUCUCUUAAGCCUUUAUGACCAAUGCCUGGGGAACAGCGUUUCACUACGAAUAAUGACUUCGACGGGGAGAUAG